GUGGCGGGCAUGUGGGACCGGCUGCGGGGCAGUCGGGCGGCGGGCGGCGGCCGGAGCGCGGCCGCGAUGGCGCAGCGCGGGGAGGAGGGCGGCGAGCGGGGGCCGGCGGAGGAGGGCGGGGAGGGAGAGCCCCGGGCCGGGGCCGAGCGGGGGCCGAGCGGGGCCGCCGCGCCCUUCCAGCCUCCCGAGGGCGGCUUCGGCUGGGUCGUGGUCUUCGCCGCCGCCUGGUGCAAUGGCUCCAUCUUCGGCAUCCACAACUCCUUCGGGAUCAUCUACACCAUGUUGCAGAGCGACCUGGGCGAGGACGAGAAGGACCCCACGCUGGAGUUUAAAACAGCAUGGGUUGGCUCUUUGGCCAUGGGCAUGAUUUUCUUCUGCUCUCCCAUCGUGAGCAUCUUCACUGACCGCAUCGGCUGCAGGACCACAGCAGCCUUGGGAGCUGCCAUCGCUUUCAUCGGGCUCCUCUCCAGCUCCUUCACCAAGUCUCUGGAAGUUCGCUAUUUCACGUAUGGCAUCCUCUUUGGCUGUGGCAGCUCCUUUGCCUUUCAGCCCUCGCUGGUCAUCCUUGGUCACUACUUCAAGCGUCGCCUUGGCCUGGCCAAUGGCAUCGUGGCUGGCAGCAGCUGCCUCAUCUCUGUGCCGCUGCCCUUCUUCCUGAAGAUGGUGGGAAAGGCCAUCGGGCUGGCACACACAUUCCAAGUGCUCAGUGCCUUAAUGCUCAUCCAGAUCUUCUUGUCGAUGACAUAUCGGCCCCUCCUGCCACCCUCCUGUGACUCUCAGCACGAUGGGCAGGACAAACUGGGCAGCCGGAGUGUGCGGCAGCAGUGCUGGGCCCAGAUGCGCAAGUAUUUCAACUUGAGGGUUUUCCGGAGAAAGACCUACCGAAUUUGGGCCUUUGGGAUUGCUACAGCUGUCCUGGGGUAUUUUGUACCAUACAUGCACCUGGUGAAAUAUGUGGAGAAGGAAUUUGGAGAAACCAAAAACGACUGGAUUCUCCCAGUCUGUCUUGGAGGCAUGUCUGGGCUGGGGCGCUUGAUUUCGGGCCGCACUGGGGACUGCAUUCCUGGGCUGAAGAAGAUUUAUCUGCAGGUCGCGUCCUUUGUUCUGUUCGGCAUCAUGUGCAUGAUGAUCCCGCAGUGCCGAGGGUUUGAGGGCGUCAUCGUCAUCUGCCUCUUCCUCGGCCUUUGCGAUGGCUGCUUCACCACCAUUAUGGCCCCCGUUGCCUUUGAGCUGGUGGGGCCUAUGCAAGCAUCCCAGGCCAUAGGGUACCUGAUGGGGCUGAUGGCUGUGCCCAUGACUGCGGGCACGCCAAUUGCAGGAUACUUCAACGAUUAUUUUCAGAAUUACCAUGCGGGUUUUUACUUCGCCGGAGUGCCUCCCAUCAUCGGCGGCUUGGUGCUCUCCGUCGUCCCGCUGGUGCACCAGAGGAUGCUGCAGAAGCAGCGCCUGGAUUCUGGCAAGGACAAGAUGCUGACCCCUGAGGCAGUGGUGAAUGGCGAGCUGCUGCCAGGCUGCCCUGCCUCCGAAGCACACAUGUGACGUGCCAAGUGCACAGUUGCCACCAGCAUCCUCCACAGCCCAAGCACAGGCCCUUUUCUAGCCAGACUGUAAUUCUCAAUGAUUUCAGAUGCACUAUAUUUGUAAAGGACAAGAAAUAGUUCUUCUAGUUGAAGGCUUUUAACUAGCAGAAACACUUCUUCUUGGGACAGUAUCAAUUUUCAAGCCGCCUUUUCUUUUCCUCUAACCAUUUUUCUAAGGAGAACUCUCAUCAGGAUUCAAACUUGAUUAUCUCCCCAGUUUUCUAUACGUCACAACAGAGGUUUACAGAUAAUAAAUGUAUUUUUAAAGGAGGUAAUAGGCGGAGCUUAUUGCCCCUUCCAGAUUCCCCGUCCCCUCUGGUGUGCCAUGUCUGGGCAGCACAGUCCCUUCUGCAGGGGAAGCAGCUUCGGAGGAGAAAUGAGCAGUGGGACCUGCUUUGAGCUGUUUCUCUCCUUUUCCACUGCAUGCACUCAUGGGGUUGAUGAAAGUAUCCUGCAAAAUCUGCCUUAAAAGCAUAGGGGGAGACAAGCAGGUUUCUGGGCACCUCUCACCUCCACGUUCGUCACCUGAAGACUGUGCAGCCCUGAGCAGUGAAACCCACAGGUAGGAUGGGUACAGGAGGCAUGGGAAUUAGCUCAGGAGAGGGCAAGGACUGAAGGUGGCUUCCAUCCUGCCUGCAGAGCUGUCAUCCAUUGAAUUUUCCUCCCCAUCACCUGCUGUUAGAAACAGGAGCCUUGUACAUAGCUCCACAUCCCGCAUGUCCCUCUGGCCCUUUUGUUUUUUAAUCUGCAUUGGCUAGUGCAUUGUAAGGUCUUGUGGUCUGUGCUUCUGUUCCUUCUGUCCCUGUACAAGCUGGAGAAUAUACUGGUGUGUUGUGAUGUGUCUGUUCCUGUAAGCGAGGUGUCUGUUCUACUUGCCCUUCCUUUGGCUUUUCUGAGUCUGCUUCUGCCUUUCCGCAGGGUGUCAUCUACCACAAAAUCCUCGUUCUGACCAUAGUGCCCCAUGAGGCAAGCUCAUGAGGGAUUUAAAUAGUAGAAACAUUUCCUUUUGCCCAGCAACAGGAGAAAGGGUGCUGCCUCAAGCCCUGAUUGUUUCCAUGCUGCAUGGCACAGCCCCCAGUGACUGUACCACUGGGCUUCAUAUCCAACUGUGCAGCUGUAAGACAUCUCUCCAGUUUGUAAAGCAAAUUAUGGCCUAAAGCCCCAAACUUUGCAGAUUUCCACGUGCCUUAAGUGCUCUGCCUGCUCACAGAAGCCUUUGCCCCAGGAGGAGCACGUGCUGGGGCCAUGGGAGCAGCGCUUGAUCAGAUGGGAGUCCUGCCUGACUCAGCAUCCCUGAAAGGCUGGUCUUUUUGUCCGCUUAUUAUUGGAGCCUCUUAUUAUUGAAGGCACUUAGCCCAACGCCUUGUCAUUCAGCCCAACUUCAGUGGAAGCGGUACAUCUCAUACCAUCGCAGCUCAAAGACUGUCAACAGCCUCCCCAACCUGCUGUGAGCAUCUUUGUCCAAGUUAAGGUCAUGACUUUGAUCAACAUGAAGUCAAAACGAGUCACAGGUCAAGGCAGGAAAGGCAAUGAAAGGUACAGUCUGCAUGCACAACUGGAAGAGCAAAGUCUGCCAUGAUGGUAGGAAGCUGUGCACAAUGGGGAUAGUUUUGAUGUUGGCUGCCAGCUGUUGUGUGUCUAGCUUUUCUCUUGAGUACCCUGGCACAGUGCACCUUUGCCUCCUCUGGGCAGGUGAGGCAGGACUAGGGAGAAAAACCUGCCUUGUUCUCCUCUGUAAUGAAAAACCCCAGCUUCCCCCAGUGAGGCGCACUCGUCGCUUCAGGCAGCCACAUGGCCUUAUGCAAGUGUGCAUCAAGUGUAGGACGUGCCCCGGCAGCACUGGCUGGGACUGCCUUCCUAAAUCUUUAGCUUCAGGGUGUUCCAAAGUGAGUUGUUGUCUUUUUUUUUUUUUUCCCUCUUAUUUUCAUGGCUGGGUGAAACACCAGGUUUAACCCCUCUUGCUCUGGUAGGGAAUGAUGGUCCUGUGGCAUCUCAUGAGGCUUCGAGCAGCUCCUGCCUGGCUCUUGAUGGUCACAGUGGAGCCAGGAACCCUCCAGCCUUUGCUUCUCACCACUUCCAUGGCUUUCUCGCGCAUCUGUACACAGCAGAGGUUUGUUUGGGGGUUUCCUUGGAUAUUUCAGCUUCAAGAGUUUUCACGCUGGCAGAGUUUGCUUCUCCUUGUCCAGCUGGCUGGAGGAAAUGGGGCUGCACUGGAAAGCCCCAGCACACUUGCCAACUCUUUUGGGUGCUUUCUUCCCAAAGCCAGCUGCCCUUUAGCACCAAUGUACUCAGCAAGGGCUGCUAGUGCCCAGCGUGCUCCCUCCUGCAGAGGCAUCGCCUGUGUGUUUGCUGGCUGGGAGCAGGGGAUGAACAAUGGACCUUGCUCUAGGGUUAUCGCUGUGCGUUUGCUGGCCCCUCCGUAAAACCGUUUAUUUUGUGGUUUACUUCUGUUUUUGGGUUUUUUUUUUUGUUUUUUUUUUUUUGCAAACAUUGCAAUGCCCUUAGCACUACAUCAAGGACUUGCCAUGCUCUGGGUGCCCCCAUUCUCACCCACCCCACGAGAGCAAAGCCCAGCCCCGGUGCUGUGUCCACUUGCCCCCGUGGACAUUUUGGUGACCUGCAGGAUGUGGGCUUGAUGUCUGGACUAACAGCAGUGUGGCUCCUGACUUUGUUUACAGCACCCAAAUCAGGGCCUGGAAAACAACUCAGCUCUGAGUGCGGGCAGCAGGCCGCUCACAGUAGGCCUAUCUGAGCCCAGGCAGUGAGCCGCUCUGUCCCACCUUCAUUGCCACUGCAGGGCACAGGCCUCCUCAAGAGAGUCAGUGCAACUCCUGAGUGCCUCUUCAGUCUCAGAAUCUCCUUCCAUGACGUCUGUCCUCAAACUUCUUCCUCACUGACCUUUCAUCUCUGGCUGCCAAGAGCAGCACAGUUGCGAGGCACACUGUGAGCAGUUAGUGUCUGUUUUGCUAAGGAAUUAAGCUUUUGUUGUUGUUGUUGUUGUUUUUGUGUAUGUAGUGAGGCAUGGCAUGUAAGAUGAUCUGUUUCCCAGAGCAAGUUUUCAGGUAGCCAAAUAUUUGUGUUCAAAGAGGAAGAUGUCUGAGCUGACGCCACAUACGAGCACCAAGGUGGAGGCUUGAGUUUUGGGGUAACUAACAAGACAUUAGGGUCUGUGGCUGAAAGCAGGUGCUUAAUUCAGUGCAGAAGUCAGGCCCAGAGCAAUGCUUUGGGUCAUGCUUUGGCCUUAAAUGAGUAUUUAAGGCACAGCUGGGAAGGGUGGAAGAGCUGCACCUCGCAGAACUGGCCUCACAGGAGCUUGUAAGAUGUAGGUGAAGAAAUUGGUAAAGCUGAACUCUCACAUUUUUCCUUUUUAUUUUUUCUUAUUUGACAUCUGUUCCUUGUAAGUGAUUUAUAUUCCCUUAAAAUUUUGUAUCUUAAGUAAAGUAUUUGAAUGUGUGUCUUAAAAAUAUGACCCGUCCUUUCAAAAUGUGAAUUUCUGAUCGUUGAUAUAUAAAAGAAAAAAGUAAAAAAAAAAAAAAAAAAAAAAGUAAAACGACACAAAACCAUCCCAUAUUAGCACAUCUUUUGUAAUGAAUGUUUUAUGAAUGUUGUUUAAAAAAAAAAAAAAUGCGUAGAAUAAAACCAGUUUAAAAAGGAA